AUGUCACCGCCAAUUUUGGUGGUCAUGAGUUUGAUGAAAAAAUGCUGCAACUGUCGUUCUGAUCUACCAGAGUCGAAUGGGGCAGGGAGUUCCGUCCAAUGCGAGAAAUGUCAGAAAAAUGAGGCAAAGUAUGGUAAGCCCACAACGUGCAAAUUUUGUCAAUUACCGGCCGCCUUCCAUGAAGAGAAAUGUGUGUACUGUUCUCAUUCGGAACGCAAAUUUGGCGCUCCAAUCCCAUGUGCAAAUUGCAAACUGCGUGCUGCCUUCACCAAGGAUCCUAAGAAGACUAAGCCUACACUUUGUCGUAUGUGUGUGAUUCAAGCGCGAGCGAACAAGCAGACAAAUUUGGCAGGGGUGGCUAUUUCGUCUCAUGAACACUCUGGUCAGAAGCGGAAACGGGAAGAAAAAAAGGCUAACAAAUCACAAGCAGAGCCCGCCAAAAUAGCAAAGCGGGACCCGUUUGCGGACUCAGGCGAAAAUGUGAUGCUUGUGCAACAGUUACGAGAUCAGAUCACAAAGUUGAACACAGUUGUUGCACAAAAGGACGCCGCUAUGCUGGAGAAGGAUAAAAAGAUAGCUUCAUUACAAGCAGACUUAAUGAGUGCAGAGAGAAAACACCGUGAGAAAGUGGAACAACUCUUAAAAGAAAAGGAUGAGGCAAUUCAGAUGGUUAUAGAAAGGCAUAGACAGGCUAACAAGCAGGUGAAAAAGUAG